AUUCUCUCUCUUUUUGAUAAAAAAAAGAAAUUGUUGCUUUUCAUUUUGGCAUCACAGAGUAUCAGAGAGAAAGAGAGAGAGAGCGGUUUUGCAGAAAAAAUCCAAGUAAAUUUAAGGAGCCACCACUGUUCCAAUCAGCCCCUUUCAUUUUGCAGUGCCCGUUUAUUUUUUCGUGUUUGCAUUCACCGUUCCACAGAAGGAAAAAAGAGUGCUUUGUUCCAUCUCUUUCUGUGGUGUGUCUCAAGAUAAAAAGCUCACUCACUCACAGCAGCAACAACCCUUUUACCUUAACUCUUGAAACUUUGUUCAAAGUUUGGAUUUUGAGGGAGCAUGAUCUGAUGAAGGAGUGUGGAGGCUCUCUUGGGGGAGAGGGCAAGGAAGAAGAGGACUACACAAAACAAGUGUUGUCUUUUUGAACCCCAAAAAAAACGUUUUUUUUGUUUUGUUGUUAUGGCACUUUGUAUGCAGAGUCAGCAGAGAGAUUCAGCAUCAAACAAGCUGCUCAUGGAUUGUGGCAAGUAUGUGAGGUACACACCUGAACAGGUGGAGGCUUUGGAGAGGGUGUAUGUUGAAUGUCCAAAGCCUAGUUCUUCCAGAAGGCAACAAAUCAUUAGGGAGUGUCCACUCCUUGCUAACAUUGAAACAAAGCAGAUCAAAGUGUGGUUCCAGAAUCGCAGAUGUCGUGAAAAGCAGCGGAAGGAAGCCUCUCGUCUGCAGACAGUGAAUAGAAAGCUGUCUUCAAUGAACAAGUUGUUAAUGGAAGAGAACGACCGACUGCAGAAGCAGGUCUCACAGUUGGUUUAUGAUAAUGGAUUCAUGAAACAACAAAUACAUACUGCAUCUGCUACUACUACUACUACUACUGACAAUAGCUGUGAGUCUGUGGUAGUGAGUGGUCAACACCAACCGCAAAACCCCAAAACUCAGCAUCCCCAGUGGGAUGCCAACAACCCAGCUGGUCUUCUUGCUAUUGCUCAGGAGACCCUAGUGGAGUUCCUUUCCAAAGCUACUGGAACUGCUGUCAACUGGGUCCAGAUGAUUGGGAUGAAGCCUGGUCCGGAUUCUAUUGGAAUUGUUGCUGUUUCCCGCAACUGUAGUGGCGUAGCGGCAAGAGCCUGUGGCCUUGUGAGCCUAGAGCCCACAAAGGUUGCCGAGAUUCUCAAAGAUCGUCCAUCAUGGUAUCGUGACUGUCGAUGCCUCAAUGUAUUGAGUGUAGUCUCCGCAGGGAAUGGGGGCACAAUAGAGCUUAUGUACAUGCAGACAUAUGCACCAACAACAUUGGCAGCUGCAAGAGACUUCUGGACUCUGAGAUACACUACUAGUUUGGAAGAUGGAAGUCUUGUGAUUUGUGAGAGGUCCUUGACUUCUUCAACUGGUGGCCCCACAGGGCCAGCUGCUUCAAACUUCAUACGAGCUGAAAUGCUUCCCAGUGGCUAUCUAAUUAGAUCCUGUGAGGGUGGUGGAUCUAUCAUUCACAUUGUUGAUCAUGUGGAUUUAGAUGUUUGGAGUGUUCCUGAAGUACUUAGACCCCUCUAUGAAUCACCAAAAUUCUUGGCUCAGAAAUUGACUACUGCUGCAUUGCGACAUGCAAGACAAAUUGCACAGGAAUCAAGUGGAGAUGUUCAUUAUGGUGGGGGUCGUCAACCUGCUGUCUUGAGGACAUUUAGUCAAAGGCUUUGCAAAGGGUUCAAUGAUGCUGUCAACGGGUUUGUGGAUGAUGGUUGGUCACUGAUGGGUAAUGAUGGGGUGGAAGAUGUGACCAUAGCCAUAAACUCGUCUCCCAACAAGUUUUUCGGUUCCCAUUACAAUACAUCAAUGCUUCCAGCAUUUGGAGGUGGGGUCAUGUGUGCCAAGGCAUCAAUGCUGCUACAGAAUGUUCCUCCUGCUUUGCUUGUUCGUUUUCUGAGGGAGCAUCGUUCAGAGUGGGCUAAUUAUGAAGUUGAUGCAUACUCUUCUGCAUGUCUCAAAGCUAGUCCUUAUGCAGUUCCUUGUGCAAGACCUAGUGGUUUCCCAAGCAGCCAUGUCAUUAUACCACUUGCUCAUACUAUUGAGCAUGAGGAGUUCUUGGAGGUAGUUCGUAUUGAGGGUAAUGCAUUUCCCCCUGAUGAUGUAGCUUGGGCAUGUGAUAUGUAUCUAAUGCAGCUGUGCAGUGGAAUUGAUGAAAAUGCAAUUGGAGCGUGUGCACAGCUUGUGUUUGCACCUAUUGAUGAAUCAUUUGCAGAUGAUGCUCUCUUACUGCCUUCUGGUUUCCGUAUCAUACCAUUGGAUCCUAAAACAGAUGGUUUGGCUUCAACUAGGACAUUGGACUUAGCAUCAACACUGGAAACAGGAUCUGGUAAUGCCCGCUCAGCUGGUGAAAGUGACUCGAAUAACUACAACCUUAGGUCGGUCCUCACAAUUGCAUUCCAAUUUACCUUUGAGAACCAUUUGCGGGACAAUGUGGCUGUUAUGGCUCGCCAGUAUGUGCGUAAUGUUGUGCGAUCUGUUCAGAGGGUUGCCAUGGCAAUUGCUCCCUCUAGGCUCAGUACACAGUUGGGGCCAAAGUCAUUUCCUGGUCCACCAGAGGCUCUUACCUUAGCAAGAUGGAUCUGCAGAAGCUACAGGCUCCACACCUGCACAGAGCUUUUCAGCGUUGAGUCCACAUCUGGUGAUGCAAUCUUGAAACAACUUUGGCACCAUCCAGAUGCAAUAUUGUGCUGUUCUGUAAAAACAGAUGCAUCUCCGGUGUUCACCUUUGCAAACCAAGCUGGACUUGACAUGCUUGAAACCACUCUUGUUGCUCUUCAAGACAUAAUGCUGGAUAAAGUUCUUGAUGAAGCUGGCAGGAAGGUUCUCUGCAUUGAGUUCUCCAAGAUAAUGCAACAGGGAUUUGCAUAUCUGCCAGCAGGAAUAUGUGUAUCAAGUAUGAAUCGACCAGUGUCUUAUGAGCAGGCCAUUGCAUGGAAAGUUCUCGAUGAUGAUGAUUCCAAUCACUGCCUUGCCUUCGUAUUCAUGAACUGGUCUUUUGUCUGAUGGGGGGAACCAUCAUUUAGAUACUUUAUUAUAUCUAUUAAUUUAUAUUUUGAGUACUUUACUAAGAUAUUGUCACACCAACAACGAAUGUAACUAAUGACUGGAUUUCAUGAACUCAUGGUUGUGUGUGCCAUUAGAUUAGCUUUGCUUUAUGCUUUUACCAAGGAUGUACCUUUCUUACUAUAUAAACUCCUUGUUGAAGUAUAGCCUACUUAUUCCUAAAAAUUAUCCUUCACUGGCA